AUGGAGGCACAUGACAACGUUGAGAUCCUAGUGCACGUCACAGCGCCGUGCAGAAACAUCGAUGAUGUGCGCUACCGAGCCCUUGCACAGGCAUAUCUCGAUUUUGCACCAACGAGACAGACCAAUAUUUCCAGCAAACCUUCAGAAGAGGAAGAUGUCGAAGCUAUCCCCAGCUCAGAGGCCGAGCCACCAGCAUUGCCUGCUUGGUCAGAUGUGCCGAACCUCGAUAGCGAAACAACGCAACCGGCAACCUCAUCACCACCACAUAUACCACCACCGCCACCUCAAUACCCCGCAACUUUUGGAUCUUUCGAAUCACAGCAACUGUCUUUUAGGAGUGUCUUGGAUAAUAGGAAUUCCCCGGGUCUCGGUCAGCCACUUGCAUCUAGAGACUUACCGCCUUCGUCUCAACCUGUGGCUGAUUCACAGCCAACGCAGGCUAGCUGGGUAGCUCCUCCCAGUGUCGUCGGUGAUUCUCAGCCGUCAUAUGACAUCACUCUCGCCGAGUUCUCAUCCCCGAGCCGGCUCUUUGAACAUCUGGCAGGGCAGUUCGAUAGCCAACUCGAUGAGGAAUCUCAGCAACUGUCCUCAGAAGCAAGCCAGCAACAAGUUCCAGAAGUAGUCGCAACGGCUACGCCAGUCAUAGAGGAAGACUGUAAUGAAGAUGAGGACGAUGGUCAGGUUAUUCUCGUAACGUCGAGCAACUCCCUGGCAAUUAAGAGCAAUGCCACCCCAGUUCCAGCGGCCUCUACUAUUCCCGCAGAUGCUAUAAUCCUCAACACGCCGUUCCCUGCUCUGAAGCGACCGCCUUUAGUCAGCUCUCCUUUUGAGCAGAUAAUACAGGACACGCCUUGCCAACCGUCUCGGAAGAGAGCAAUACCGUCAUCGCCAAACCGAGCCGGCUCCGAGCCCCUACUUCCAUCGAAACGGCACAAACGGUCAGCGCCCAUCUCGGAAUCGAGGUCUGUCAUCACGAGAAGCUCCUCAGAUGUAGGCCCUGGGCCCAGCCAUCUUUUCAGACCUCAACGGCCUCCUAAUGAGAGGCACUUGAGCUACCUCGCACGUCUUGAGAUCCACCCCGUUGGCCCCCCCGUCGGCACCAGCGAGCUGACGCCAGAUGAUCUCCUAACGCCCAAGCUGAAGGAGCUGGCCCGCCAACUCAGGAUAUCGAAGCGCUUUGCCCCGGUUGAACAGACGAGGGAACUGCGUCCAUUUGAGCGAGGCCACUGGCACUUGGACUGGACCGGCUGGCGACCGAGUCUCCGCGAGCGAGCCUGGCACUUUUUGACGGAUUACAUCCUCGAAGGGUUCGCGGGAUGGGGCGUCUGGUGUAAACGCGCAGAGGACUGGUCCUGUAUACGCGUGUACUGCUGGGGCCACAUCGCCGGUCACAUCUAUCUGGCCUUAUACCUGGCGAGCGAGAGGGCGCUGAAGAAGGAUGCGGCGAGGUGGCUGGACGGUGCGGGUGAGGUUAUUGUCAUCACCAAUGGCCACGAAAACUCCGACUCUGGGGAGAGCGUGGAGGACGAUCCCGACGACGGAAUGUAG